UUAAACCUUUGAAUCAUUCCUGGUUUUUAAAGGAUGAAUAUCUGAGUUCUUGUGCAGAGUACAAAGAACAGUUGAUCAUUCUUUUGGUGAAUACUUCUUGGAAGGCUCACAAAAACAAUUAGGGAGGAACUCUAUGGCUAACCCUUUGCCACAGGGAAUUAUUGGUCAACCAUGGUAAAACUUGCCAACCCACUUUAUACAGAGUGGAUUCUUGAAGCGAUACAGAAAGUUAAAAGGCAAAAGCAGAGGCCAUCUGAAGAAAGAAUUUGUCAUGCGGUGUGUGCGUCCCACGGUUUAGAUAAAAAAACGGUUUCAGAACAGCUGGAGUUAAGUGUCCAAGAUGGUUCUGUUCUCAAAGUUACCAACAAAGGCCUCGCUUCCUACAAAGAUCCAGAUAAUCCUGGGCGUUUUUCAUCCAUUAAACCUGGUGAGCUACCUAAACCGACCAAAGGGUCUAGAGGAGCUUGUAAUGAACUUCGGAAUGUGGAUUGGAAUAAACUCCUGCGGAGAGGAAUCGAAGGACUUAAGGAACCAAAUGGCUCUUCCCUCAGAAACAUAGAAAAAUAUCUGAGAAGUCAAAGUGACCUAGCAAGUAUUUUCAAUAACCCCGUGUUUCAGCGGCGAUUACGAUUGGGGGCCAAACGAGCUGUAAAUAAUGGGAGAUUAUUGAAAGAUGGGCCUCAGUAUAGGGUGAACUAUGGUGGUCUGGAAGGCAAAGGAGCAUCCAAGUACAGUACUUUUCCAGCAUCUCUCCCACCUGUUAGUCUUUUGCCUCAUGAAAAAGACCAGCCGCGAGCUGAUCCCAUUCCAAUAUGUAGUUUCUGUCUGGGGACAAAGGAAUCAAACCGUGAGAAAAAACCAGAAGAACUCCUCUCCUGUGCCGACUGUGGUAGUAGCGGACAUCCAUCAUGUUUGAAAUUUUGUCUGGAGUUGACGACAAAUGUGAAGGCCUUAAGAUGGCAGUGUAUUGAAUGCAAGACAUGCAGUGCCUGUAGAAUCCAAGGCAAAAAUGCGGACAACAUGCUUUUCUGUGAUUCUUGCGACAGAGGAUUCCACAUGGAAUGCUGUGACCCACCUCUUUCCCGAAUGCCAAAAGGUAUGUGGAUUUGCCAGGUCUGCAGACCAAAGAAAAAAGGAAUAAAGCUACUUCAUGAGAAAGCCACACAGAUUAGGCGGCGAUACACAAAACCUAUCGGACGACCAAAAAACAAACUAAAGCAACGAAUGUUGUCUGUAACCAGUGAUGAAGGAUCCAUGAAUGCAUUCACAGGAAGGGGGUCACCUGGUAGGGGUCAAAAGACUAAAGUCUGUACCACACCUUCAUCUGGUCAUGCUGCAUCUGUGAAGGAUUCAAGCAGCAGAUUGGCUGUUACAGACCCCACCCAGCCUGGUGCCGCCACCACCACCACCACCACCACCACCAAAAUCACCACCACCACCACCACCUCCACCUACAUACCUGCCUCUACACUUAACGUUAACAAGAAAACCAAAGGGCUCAUUGACGGCCUUACUAAGUUUUUUACACCAUCACCCGAUGGUCGCAGAUCACGAGGUGAAAUAAUAGACUUUUCAAAGCAUUAUCGUCCAAGGAAAAUGGCCUCUGAGAAACAGUCAUGUCCUUCUCAUGUGUUGGCUCCAGGUACCACACAAAAGCUCAAACCUUCUUCACUCCCACCCCCAACCCCCACCUCUGGUCAGAGCCCCGGUUCACAAAAAUCCGGCACUUCCAUCUCUUCUAACUCUCCCCAGAGCUCCUCCAGUCAGUCAAGUGCAGCCUCCUUUAGCAGUCUCCCCAAUAACAGUCAGCUGAAGGGACUUUUCGAUGGACUUUCUCAUAUUUAUACCACUCAGGGACAGUCUCGAAAAAAGGGACGCCCAAGUUAUGCACCACCCAAGCGUUUGCUUCGCAAAGCUGCGUUCUCUUCCGCAUCCAAGUCUAAUGCUGCUUUCUAUGGAAGGAGAGAUGUUAGAAGUAGGUUUCUUUCUCAUUCCUCCACCUCUGGAUGGGGUAUGUCCAGAGGACGUGCUUUUAAAGCCAUUGCUCACUUCAAGCAAACAACUUUCCUUAAAAAGCGCAGGAUUCUAGGCAGAUUAAAGUAUAAAGUGACCCCUCAGGUGGGGACCCCCUCACCAGGGAAGGGGAGCUUGGCAGACGGAAGGAUUAAACCUGAUCAGGAUGAUGGUACUGAAAUCAAAAUAAGCAUCAAACAAGAACACACAGAUUUGUUUCUGGUGGGAACCAAGGACAUUGUUACAGAAGAAGAUCUGGACAUGUUUAAGCAGGCUCGAGAACUUGCCAUGGAGAAGAUCGGAUGUAAAAAUGGUGGUGAAACAAAUGGCCGGUACCCUUCGGUGAUAGAAUUUGGAAAAUAUGAAAUUCAAACCUGGUACUCCUCACCUUACCCACAGGAAUACUCAAAACUGUCAAAGCUUUUCCUGUGUGAAUUCUGUCUUAAAUACAUGAAAAGUAAAAAUAUUUUGCUGAGACACUCAAAGAAGUGUGACUGGUUCCAUCCUCCAGCGAACGAAAUCUACAGAAGGAAGGACCUUUCAGUGUUUGAGGUUGAUGGGAACAUGAGCAAAAUUUAUUGCCAAAAUCUUUGCCUGUUAGCAAAGCUCUUUCUGGACCACAAAACCUUAUAUUAUGAUGUUGAGCCAUUCCUUUUCUACGUUCUCACAAAGAAUGACAAGAAAGGGUGCCACUUAGUUGGAUACUUCUCUAAGGAAAAGCUCUGCCAGCAGAAGUACAACGUCUCCUGCAUAAUGAUCAUGCCCCAGUACCAAAGGCAAGGAUUUGGAAGGUUUCUCAUUGAUUUCAGUUACUUACUUUCCAGAAGAGAGGGACAAGCAGGGUCUCCUGAGAAGCCGCUGUCUGAUCUGGGUCGUGUGUCCUACCUGGCGUACUGGAAAAGCGUUGUGUUGGAGUACCUUUACUGCCACCACGAGAAACUGAUCAGCAUCAAGGGAAUGAGCCGGGCCACUGGGAUGUGUCCCCAUGACAUUGCCACUACCCUGCAGCAGCACAGCAUGAUAGACAGGAGAGAAGAAAAAUUUGUACUAAUUAGAAGAGAGAAACUGAUUUCAAGUCAUAUGGAGAAACUGAAAUCCAACCCACGCAUCAACCAAGUAGAUCCAGAAAGCUUGAGGUGGACUCCCAUCUUAAUCCCUAACGCCGCAGUUUCUGAGGAAGAGAGAGAAGCCGAAAAAGAGGCAGAGCGGCUGAUGGAGCAAGCGAGCUCCUGGGAGAAGGAAGAGCAAGAGGUGCUGUCCACGAGAGCCAACAGCAGGCCGUCCCCAGCAAAAGUGCAUUAUUUGCGGCCUCCAGAGAACAUGAUGGUAUUGGCAGAGCGAGGGCAGCCCGCAGACCCACCGUCAAAAGAGAGCAGUGAGGAAGAGGAGAAGGAGGAGGAGGAGGAGGGCGAGGAGGACAAGGAUGGAGAGGGGCAUCAUCCAAGUUCUCCUCCCAGGCUGGCAAAACCCCAGCUGCUGGCUGUAAAGAGAAAGAGGCCUUUCAUGUUGAAGAAGAAAAGGGGUCGCAAACGCAGAAGGAUUAAUAGCAGCGUCACAACAGAGACUAUCUCUGAAACCACGGAAGUGCUGAACGAGCCCUUUGAUAACUCAGAAGAAGACUGGCCGAUGCCGCAGCUGGAACCCACUUGUGAGAUGGAGGAGGAGGAGGAGGAGGAGGAGGACGGGGAGGAGGAGGAGGAGGACUUGAAGCCUGGGGCUCACCUGGCCUUCCAGCCUCAGCCUGGUGAGAAGGAGGAGAAUGAGCAAGAGGAAGAAGAGGAGCAGGAAGGAGACAAUCAGUGCUACCAAAACGAUGUGCGUUGCAGAGUUAAUGCAGAAGAGCGUGCAGUCAUUCUGGAAGAUGACAGUAAAGACAAUCCUGAACCAGUGGUAUGUAAACAGGGAUGGCCCAAAGGAGUGAAACGAUGUCCAUCCAAAUGGAGGCAAAACAAAGAGCGGAAAACAGGCUUUAAACUUAAUUUGUACACUCCCCCCGAGACUCCCAUGGAGCCUGACUAUCAGGCACUGGGAGAGGAGUCAAAAGAGACGGCCGAAAAGAGCCCAUCUCAUGUCCCCGCCAUCUUGGAUGAGAUUAAAGACCCUGAAACCAUCCUGCCACCUGACAGUGACGCCAGAGAGCCCGCGUCUGAGUGUUUGGAGCAACCUGAGGAGACGUUUGAAAAAACAGAAGACGAGGUCACAAAAGGAGCGGAAGCAGAAGAGAACAGUGUCGUAGGAGAGGUGGAAAAUGCACAGAGUCAAGAGAAAGACCAAGAAGAGGAAAGGGAAAUGGAGAAAGAUGAACCGGAGCAGCUGGAGGACCAGGAGGAGGAAGAUGAGGAUCAUGAUGCUGAUGAUGAAGACGAGAGCCACAUGGGUUCAGCCGCGGUGGAGGAGGAGGCAGCGGCAGGAGAGGCUCUCAAGGAAGUAGCCGAGGAGGAGGAGCCUUUUUUAGAUUCAAACGAGCAGAGUGGCAGUUCGGACCAGGAGGACCUGAUGGGCUGCAGGGCGGGCCCCGCCCCUCCGUGCGAGAGCGGCCGUCAGGAGGCUCCCGCGGUCCCAGAGCCCGUGUCUGAAUCGGCUGACGAAAACACCGAGAAUCACACCCGAAAGGACAGCGAUGAGCCUGAUUCCGUGUUCAGAGACGAAAGUGCGGAAUCCGUGGAGAUAGAUUCUGAGACAGCACAGGCAGUAAAAUCUCUGACGCAAGAAACCGCCGAGCCAGAAGAGAGGUUCCAGGACUGUGCGGAGACCCAGGAGGCUUGUCAAAGCCUGCAGACUUACAGCAAUGCCGACCAAAGCCCCCAGGUGGCCGCCCUGGACGACUGCCAGCAGUCCGACCGCAGCAGCCCCGCCUCCUCUGUCCCCUCGCAUCCCAGCCAGUCCGCUCGGUCUGUUAACAGUCCAAAUGUGCCUCCCCUGGAAAACAGUUAUGCCCAAAUAAGCCCGGAUCAAAGUGCCAUCCCUGUGCCCUCUUUGCAGAACAUGGACACCAGUCCCAUGAUGGACGUUCCCUCUGUUUCUGACCACUCGCAGCAGGUUGUGGACAGUGGGUUCAGCGACCUGGGCAGCAUUGAGAGCACGACAGAGAACUACGAGAACCCGAGCAGCUACGACUCCACCAUGGGCAACGGCCUCUGUGGAAACGGCUCCUCCCAGAACAGCUGCUCCUACAGCAAUCUCACGUCCGGCAACAUGACGCAGAGCAGCUGCGCCGUCACCCAGCAGAUGUCCAGCGUGAACGGGAGCUGCAGCAUGAUGCAGACCACCCGCAUCAACUCCCCGCCCCCUUGCAAUGUGAAAUCCCCUCCGGGCUGUGUGACGGAACGGCCCCCCAGCAGCGGCCAGCAGCUCCCCCCCUGCAGCAUGGCUGCCAAUUUCACCCCGCCUAUGCAGCUGAGCGAAAUCCCCGAGUCUGGCAACAACAGCAGCAGUGCCGGCUUGUACGAAAGAAUGGGCCAGAGUGAGUUUGCGGCGGGGCAUUACCCGCAGCCGUCCGCCACCUUCAGCCUCGCCAAACUGCAGCAGUUGACCAACACGCUGAUGGACCACUCCUUGCCUUACAGCCAUUCAGCCGCGGUCACUUCCUAUGCAAACAGUGCCUCUUUGUCUGCCCCGCUCAGCAGCACGGGGCUUGUUCAGCUCUCCCAGUCCCCUCAUCCGGUCCCGGGGGGCGCCCAAGUCCAGGCUACGAUGACCCCGCCCCCGAACCUCACGCCUCCCCCCAUGAACUUGCCGCCGCCUCUUUUGCAGCGUAACAUGGCCGCUUCCAAUAUCAGCCUGUCCCACGCCCAGAGGCUGCAGACUCAGAUGCCCGGCAAGGGCCACGCUUCGGUCAGGACUAAGGCGGCGUCUCUGCCACCGGCUGCGGCAGCCCAUCAGCCACAGAUUUAUGGGCGUGCCUCGCAGACUGUGGCCAUGCAAGGGCCGGCACGCACCUUAACCAUGCAGCGCGGCAUGAACAUGAGCGUGAACUUAAUGCCGGCCCCAGCGUACAAUGUCAACUCAGUGAACAUGAAUAUGAACACGCUAAAUGCUAUGAAUGGUUAUAGUAUGUCCCAGCCCAUGAUGAACGGUGGCUACCAUGCAAACCACGGGUAUAUGAAUCAAACGGCCCAGUACCCUAUGCAGAUGCAAAUGGGGAUGAUGGGAAGCCAGCCAUAUGCACAACAGUCCAUGCAGACUACCCCCCACAGCAACAUGAUGUACACCCCUCCGGCACAUCAUGGCUACAUGAACACUGGCAUGUCCAAACAGUCCCUGAAUGGCUCUUAUAUGCGUAGGUAGAUGGGUGGGGUGGAGGACAUACCAAACUGGUGUGCAAGGGUUUGACCUGCACAAAAAUGUGGAGAGUGUGAUUUCAAAACCAGCAACUGGUGUGAAUGCAAAUACAUUUGUUGGCACCAUGAAAAAACUGUAUGCAGCAGAAAGCCUUAUAUAAAUGUGUUCUCAUUACUUUAUUUUUUAAUAUUGUUUUGUUUGCCAUUUUCUUUAUAUAACGAGUUCUGUGGAGAGGCGGAACUGGUUUGUUAUACUGCAAAGACGCAAAACAAGCUGAUGGUUCACAGCCAUGUUUUAUGUGCCUGCUCCCAUUCGAAAUGUGGAUCCUAGUUUUGGGGCAUAUCUGAUGUCGUGCUGGGCCCAUGAGCUUCCCACCCCUCCUGCCCUUCCUCCCCCCUCCCC